AUGGGAGAUCGCCUCACUCAGCUGCAGGAUGCUGUCGAUCAGCUAGCGCAACAAUUCGUCGCGUGCAUCCACUACAUCAACAGACACCACAACCUCGAGACGUUAGGGCCCGGCGAUCAGAUCAGAGAUGUGAAGCAGGAGCCGGACCAGCAGGAAGUGGACCCCCACCCCGAGGACGUGUUCAAGGCGUCGCAGGUCGAGCUCGCGCGGGACCUCAUCACGAAGGAGCAGCAGAUCGAGCUGCUCAUCUCGCUGCUCCCGGGCCUCGACAACAGCGAGCAGGACCAGGAGCGCAACAUCAAGGAGCUCGAGGAGGAGCUCAAGGUCGCCGAGGCGCAGCGGCGGGAGGCCGUCAAGGAGAAGGAGGACACUCUGGCGAAGCUGGACGCCGUCAUACGCGCCAUAAAACGCCCGUGA